AUGAAUAACACUACGGUCGCGAUAGUCACUCCUUUUCCUUUCACAACAUCCUUUCAAGCUAAUCGAAUUAAAUUCGGCGUUCUUCUCGUUUUACAAAUCCUAUCAAUUCCAUGUUUUCUCUACGUUUUCACUCAAUUUUGUAUCCAACGGCACCUUCGUCAAUCAUUAAACCAUCACAUCAUUUUUCUCCUGCUAACUACUUCGUUCAUAUUCGUAACUAUCUCCUUACCACUGUCUCAAGCUUAUCUCUACAAUUCGUAUGUCUACCCUACCAGUAACAUUUAUUGUCAUUUUUGGAAUUGGAUUCAUUAUUCGUUGAACAUCACGAAUUUGUUUCUGAUGGGUUUUGUCGGUUUCGAACAGAACUGGUUCAUAUUCUAUCCGGGCUUAUUUGAAAACUUGAUCGGAAAAAUUCUUUUUCACUACUGUCCGAUUCUAUGUUGUCUAGCUUAUCCGACGACUUUUUAUUUUAUCCUCAUUUUUCUCUACCCAUGUCGACAAUGGUAUAACUUUACACAAUUAUUAUGUCGAUGGCCAUGCUAUUAUCGCACCAUUCCAUUCUUUUCCAUAUUUGUUUAUAUUCGAGUUCUCAUACGGUUACGCUCAUUAAAAUUACAAGUGCUUAGGUGGAGACAAAAUAGACAAAUGAUCUUACAGUUAUGGGCGAUAUCCAGUUUAUAUUUGGAGUACAUUAGCUAUGUUCGAAGCGGAUUUGCAUCAUUGAACAACUUAGCCUACGGGGAUUAA